AUGAAUAUUCAUACACAUCGCAUCAUUCUCAUUUAUUUUUUAAUAUCCAUCGCAAAAGCUUCCAUAGACUCACAAAAGUCCGAUAAUGAUGUCGCAAACACUAGUGAAACAAGUGAGAAAUUGAAUUAUUACGAUGCGCGAGAUGAUUUCCUCCAUACUAUGGAUAUGGUUAAUCUAGUCGGUGGCUCCUGCACUUUGAUAGAUAAGGCAAAUCAGCCCAGUGACUUUAAACAACUACUAAAUGCUUCUAUCUUCGGCUACGGUAGAAUCUCAGCCCUUCUCACCCAAACCAAGUCCAUCUACGACGUAACAGUGGCCAGUACAUUGGCCGCUGUGUUUGGUAAACUGAUGCAAAUUAAUUUGGAUGAUGAAGGGCUGGCGGUUGAGCAAUGGUCUGCCAGGGUUUGUAGUAUGUUGGAGAUAGCCGAGGCGAGUCUUCUUAGUACAUCAUUCAAGAUCCUGGCUGAUAGGCUUACCAAACACUGUGGGAGGAUCGCUGAGGUGUUUUUGUCGCAAAAGGAAAAUGAUCCCAUCGAUAAAAACAAAUCAUCAGAUUCUAUAAAUGAUUAUUCGUCCGGUGAAGGCGUGGACGUUGUUUGGAGUGUGAGUACGGAAUGCCUAAUGGAAUUCAUCGCCCCAAACAGCCCAGGCGGGUUCACUUCUAAAUGGACCUUUGUGACAUUCAAACACCUACUAAUGCAGCUGUCCAUCUCAAUCAUAAUGUGUGAAUAUCAGUUGCGUGAUCCAAAAUUGUUGGAUGAUGAAAUUGAAGGCGUAGAAAAUUUGUUAUUUCGCUCAUGGGAUGUGCUGGAGCAUUAUAGCAACAUUCAGUUCUACACGCAAUUAGAUGGUGCAUCUGGGAUAAUGACUUUUGCCCAAAGCAAUCUAAUGCCCCUUGUGAAACGGGAUGGGGAUAAAAUUAACGUGUCAUGGAACCUACAGAAUGAAUUUGAAGCUGAUCCAUCGUCUAAUAGCAGUGGGGAUUUGGGCUUGGCCGCCGGUGAUAAUGCUAGCAGCGAUGGCGAAAAGCCCGUUGCUACAGACCCACCCUUCUACAGCAGGAGGCCCAGGACCUAUAGCAUGUUGUCAGACUAUAAAAGGAGGCUUUCUCUUACCUACGAGAUGUCUGACGAGGACACGCCUGAUGAGGAUGAUGAUUUUGAGCGUGAAGAUGAGGAAGUAAUAGUUGAGAAGGAAACGGAAUCAACUCCUAAUAAACAAAUUAAAAAUGCAAAAAACGUGUUUGGCAGAAGAAAAACUCCGCAAAAUAAGGUAUUUAGACCUAAACUGUAUCCACAUGAUACUGUAUCCACUUCUUCUGUGACUUAUGCCAUUAAAACCAAUAAUGAGAAUCAAAUCCAGUUCAAGUCGGGGGCCGCCCAGCCUAUUGACUCAGACAUCGAUUCAGUCCCUAGGGCUAAAGCUUCAAAUCCAUCUAUUGACUCAGGCAACGAUUCAGUCCCUAGGGCUAAAGCUUCAAAUCCAUCUAUUGACUCAGGCAACGAUUCAGUCCCUAGGGCUAAAGCUUCAAACCCAUCUAAUGGCUCAGACAUCGAUUCAGUCCCUAGGGCUAAAGCUUCAAAUCCAUCUAAUGGCCCAGGCAACGAUUCAGUCCCUAGGGCUCAAGCUUCAAAUCCAUCUAAUGGCCCAGGCAACGAUUCAGUCCCUAGGGCUAAAGCUUCAAAACCAUCUAAUGGCUCAGACAUCGAUUCAGUCCCUACGGCUCCAGCUUCAAAACCAUCUAAUGGCUCAGACAUCGAUUCAGUCCCUACGGCUCCAGCUUCAACGUCCAAAUCUGUAAGAGGCACUACCGGAACUGGCAGUAACAGUAAAUGGAGCAGUGUCAGAAACUCAGUGCUGAAGAACAAAACUGAAGAGAAUGACAACAACGAGGGCCCUUCCAAGGCUAGUGGUAGUGCUGGUGGUGGGUUGAAAGGUGAGAUAUCCUUCUCGGACACAGUAUCGAUACUCAGGUUCAGGUCAGAACCUCUGCGGUGGACCGAAAAUACUAAGGUAGAGGCUAACAUGCAUAGGAAGAUGGUCAAUAAGUGCCAGGUGGAGCAGCUUCGUCCCCUCUCAAUAGACUACUACAACAAGAUCUCCCCGCCCAACCUGGGCCAUCCAGUCAUGGGACGGGCCACCGCUAGUUCAUCGUCGACCCUUCUACCAAAGUUCAUGGGUAUCGGUGCCAAGGUAUCCAAAACGUCUAACAACCCUUCGAUGGACACGCUGUCAAACUUUUGGGGGAUGCAACGCCACGAUAAGGAGCUGUCAGGGAUUCGUAAAUUGGAUAAAACUGUUAGCCAAAUGGCCAUUCUUGACCGCUUUAGUAGACUAGCUGACACCUGCUGGGAUGUUGCCAGUGGGAGGCCUUCAGGGUAUAUUUCUCCGGAGACCAUGUACCGCCUAGGCGGUAACAGGAAAGAUGAUUACAUCCAUCAUGUAACUAGGGUCUAUCCCUUCAAUUUAGUUAAGGCCUACCGUUUCUUAGUGACCAAAGAGGAGCCCCAAGUGCAGUCAAAUGGGGACGAUAAUUUUGAAUUCUCCCUCUUUUUACAGGCUCCAGAAUUUGUCUCGAUUCUACCCAAUGGAGAUAGGGCCGAAGCUCUGGUUAUUGAACAAAAACUUGUCUCAACUAUUAGGACCCUCAACACUAAUAGCACAGAAGACCCACCUAUAAGCGUCUGUGGAUACGUUUACAAGCGAAACGACGUGGAUAGGGUGCUCAUUGGUGAGUUUGGCGUUAAAUUACCGUCCACUAUCCUAGAACACGUCUAUAAAAUACAUACGCCAUACACUAUACUCAUUCACGCCAAGUUCACCGAUAGCAAGUUCAAUAAGCUCAAGGCCGUCAUGCAGUUUUUGCAGGGGACACACUUUGGUGACUUCACUUUAAAAUUUGUCUACAAGGGUAUGGUGCCCAGCAAAAAUGUCGUAAAGGACAGUUGCCAUGAGUGUUUGAUAGGUCAUUACCCCAUUUGGAAGUUUGUCCUCACUACAAUUUCGGUACCCGUUCUCGAAAUAUUCAUUUGCGCGCUGAUUCUCUCUAGGAGGGGAAUCAGGAUUCGGGCCCUGUACAAAUCCAAGCCCAGCGACAACCAAUCCGGCGCAAUUUAA